UUUUAAUUCAAAACAAUUUUGAAUUGAUUACAAUAAUUUUUAUUUACAACCCAGUAAUAAAAUGAUGACAUAACAUUUUGAUUUAUCCAUUCAAAUUUUAAAAUCGUUUACAAUGUGGCAUUUAUUAAAUUCACAGUCCUGCCAAUUAAUAAGACAAAGGCUUACUGCUUUUAGGAGUAAUGGACAUUACUUGAACUUAUUAAAAACAAAACCAUCGGAUGCGGUGAAAAGAUAUAUUUCAAAGAAUUGUACAGAAAAUGAACUUAAAGCUUUUCAAAUCGCCCCCUGGAAACUUUGUACAGGCAUCAGUGUAGGAUUAUGCGCACGUUUAUUUUUAAGUGAUACCGUAUUUUGUAAAGCUCAAACUCACUCUAGAAUUAUACAAAGAAGACCAAAUGUUCUCGAUGAUAGUGGAAGGUUUGACUGGUCAAAGUUCAUUGAAUACCUUAAACCACAUAAAUGGUUGUUGAUUGCUGCAGUAGCUUCAGCUAUGACAGUGGCAUUCCUGAAUAUUUAUAUUCCAGCUAUGUUAGGAGUUAUUGUUAAUAUAUUAGCUGAAUUAAAACACAAUCCAUCUCUAGACUUUAUUGAACAAAUCAAAUAUCCAGCAUUUAAAAUGGUCUCUUUAUAUAUUGGACAGGCUUUAUUUACAUUCUUCUAUAUACAUCUGUUAGCACAAGUAGGAGAAAAAGUAGCAGCACAAAUGAAACAAGAUCUAUUUGUGUCUAUAUUAAAUCAAGACAUGGCUUUUUUUGAUAAGGAAAGGACUGGAGAAAUAGUUAAUAGAAUAACUGUUGAUGUACAAGACUUCAAGAGUUCAUUUAAGCAAACAAUAUCAGGUGGACUUAGAGCUAUUACACAGGUUGUGGGUUCCGCAGUGAGUCUCCUAGUAAUAUCACCUCAGUUAACUGGUCUUACAAUGCUAUGUGUACCCACAGUUGUUAUUGGAGGGACUUUUAUUGGAUCACUAUUGAGGAAACUAUCCAGAGAAGCACAGUCUCAGAUAGAAAAAGCAACAUUAGUAGCAGAAGAAGCGAUCUCGAAUAUGCGAACAGUGCGAGCGUUUGCAGGUGAAGAGAAUGAGGCGCAAAUGUUCGCGGAAGAAUGCGAUUCCGCUGCAAAUCUUAGUAUGGAACUGGGGUUAGGUGUUGGACUAUUCCAGGCGGGAACUAAUUUGUUUCUUAAUGGAAUGGUGCUAGGAACAAUGUUUUUGGGUGGUCACCUAAUGUCAACUGGGCAGAUGUCAGCCGGUGACGUCAUGGCGUUCCUUGUGAAUGCACAGACUAUACAACGGUCGGUAGCACAGAUAUCAUUGCUAUUUGGAUCUGUCAUUAAGGGCAUUAGUGCUGGUGGACGGGUUUUUGAGUACAUCAACAAGGAGCCACAAAUGGACACAUCUGGUACAAAGACAAUCAAAUAUCACGAGUUUCAUGGUAAUAUAGAAUUCAAAGAUGUCACCUUCGCAUAUCCGACCAGACCCGAUGCGGUAGUAUUAAAUAACUUCAAUUUAAAAAUACCAGCGGGGAAGACAGUUGCAAUAGUCGGUAGUUCCGGAAAUGGGAAAUCUACUAUCGCCGCUUUAUUGGAAAGGUUCUACGAUGUAAAUAAGGGUAAAGUGACGAUAGAUGGCGUGGAUAUACGCGAGAUGGAAGGAAACUGGCUUCGGGGUCGCGCCAUUGGGCUGAUUAGCCAAGAACCAGUGUUGUUCGCAACUACAGUUAAAGAAAAUAUUCGCUAUGGGAAACCGGAUGCCACUGAUGCAGAGGUAUACAGGGCCGCACAAACAGCAAACGCCGAGGAGUUCAUACGCAACUUCCCAGAUGGGUACGACACUAUGGUAGGGGAAAGGGGAAUGUCGCUCAGCGGAGGGCAGAAGCAGCGCAUUGCUAUCGCCAGAGCUGUCUUGAAAGAUCCACCAGUUAUGAUACUAGAUGAGGCUACUAGUGCGUUGGACGCAACGAGUGAGAAAGUGGUCCAGACGGCGCUCGAGACAGCUUCCAAGGGGCGCACAGUGUUGGUGAUCGCGCAUCGACUGUCGACAAUUAUUAAUGCGGAUCUGAUUGUGGUGCUGAACAAAGGAAGUGUUGUUGAAAUGGGAACUCAUGACCAAUUAAAGAAGCAAAAAGGACAUUAUUGGAAUCUAAUUAAACAACAAGACCAUGAAACGGAUAACCGUUCGUUAUAAAUAUAGAAUAAGUAGAGCAUUUUUUUAAUUUAUUUUUGUUAUAUAGAGAAAUGAGUUUUGUAUGGAUAAUAUUUUGGUUAAAUUAUUAGUAACACGGUAUGUAAUAAUGAAACGCGCUUUAAUCUGGGAUUUAUCUACAUGAGAAUGACACUAUGUAGUGUAUAGUGAAAAUAUGUGUUGGAAAUCGAUUGAACACUUUGGAAAUUACUUUAAAUAUUAAAUAUGCUGAAUCAAAAAUCGUUUUAUUUUCCUAUGUAUGCCGUAGCUAGACGGUGGAAUCACUAUUCCGUGACAUUUAAAAGAGCUCAUACAAUUACCAGUUCUUUCCUUUACGUGACCUUACAUGAUGGGCAUAUUAUGAACUUCCUGGAACUUCGUACGGUUUGUAUAAAUACUUAAUAGUAGGUAUUCUUUGUCCCUUUCGGAAUAUUAAUUUAAGAUUAUCUAUUUUUACUAGCUAACAAACUCUUUAACUCACUGUAACUUUAAUAAAUAAAUAAAAGGUCUUUUUUUCUUGCAAAAUUAAAGUAAAGUUAAUCCUACUAUAAUUUUUUAAAAGAAAAUAUUUUACAUCAACGUAUUUUUUACUAAUUUUUAUCUGUACUAUGUGUCUGUUGCUUUGACCAUGCUAUGUUCUAAGGCCCUUUGAUUUUUCUUUUUAACUUGAAAUAUAUAAACUUUUUAUAAAUAUUUUUCAUUAAAAUUUGGUUUGGGUUUAUAUUAAUCGGUGAUUUAUCGUCACAAUGGCGGGUUGGGUUGAUGCCGUUAACCUCAGCGCGAGCAGUGGACGGUUCACGCCAACACCAACAAUGAUUUUUCCUCUCAUAUUCCUUUGCGUCAAAUUAUUUUUUUUAAACUUUGAUUUAGUGCUAGUGUGCUGUGUAAUUAUUGUGUUUAUGGCAUUUCUUUUCGAACCUGCGCAAUUUUAAAAGUUUAUAUCGUGUCGUGUCACGUGUCAUGUGCUAAUGUAUUGGACUAUAGUUGCUAUUGACCAAUGACAAUCGCACGGCGUGCUGAAUUGUUUUGACUUUUGUGUUACAUUUUCACCACUCAGAUCCGUAACUCAGUGCAUAAAUCGUAAACAAAAACAGAGUACUUUGGAUUGUCAGUCGAUUGGGUUGGGAAUGUAGAUUUGUCGAUUUGUUUGUGUUUGUAAUUUGGUUUUUUUUUUCUAUUUUCAAUAUUUAAUUUUAUUUUUAUUGUUAAAAAAAUUGAGCAACUUACAG